AUGGAAUUCAUUGAGAAGAACGUGAAGCUGAAUGAGCUCAGAACAGGAAUCCCAAUGUCCACCAAGGCCGCAGCGAGCUUCACGCGGAACGAGUUAGCCCACGCUCUAAGGAAAGGCCCCUUCCAGACCGACAUCCUUGUCGCUGGCAUUGAUGCAGAGGGCCCCAGCCUCUACUUCAUGGACUAUCUGGCCAGCAGCGAAAAGGUGAACAAGGCAGCACACGGGUAUGGCGCGAUGUUCACCCUGGGUCUGAUGGAUCGGUACUGGAAGCCAAAUCUCGAGGAGGCAGAGGCCAUUGAAAUCAUCAAGAUGUGCAUCAAGGAGCUGGAGACGCACGACAUCUUGCAGGGUAUCUUGUUCCCAUUGAUUCGACAGGGCCUCAUGUUCUUGGAGGAGGGCUUUGUGAUGCAUGCGUUUCUCAUGGGCAGGCUUCUUUGGAGCCUUGCGGAUGAUCAGGGGAGCUUCAUGGGGUGUAGCGGCUUAGCAUCCCACGUUCAUCUCAUGACUUGGCAGAAGGCAGAUGCCAAAGAAGCAAUGUCCUCGCUGAACGGCAAGAAGGUACGGGGCUCUGUCCUCACUAUCGACAUCGCCGGACCUCCGCCAGACCCACGGAAUCGCCCGAAAGAGGAGGGCGCGGGACCGGCACGUUCGGCAGAGAAGCCUGCAGAGACUCCGAGGCGAAGUGGCAGUCGAAGUCGUGGUCGGCAGAGAGCCGGCAAGGGCCGGGACCGGAGCCGAAGCGAUCGGAGCCGCAGUCGAAAGAGUCGCCGGCGCAAUCGCGGCAGUAGAUGA